AGUGAUAAUGGCAUUCACUCAGUGACAGGUAGUAACAGUGACAGUCUGUGGCGGUGCCAGAUAGUGACGGUCACGCAGCGACAAUCAGCGACAGUCACACAUCGCGAAAGCUGCAGAUGCUCGAGAACGAGGUCGCGUGACGUCAGCAUCCGAAUCAGCAGCGGCAGCAGCAACGCAGGAAGCCCGGGCCCGGCUCACCGACACCUACCGUACCAGCCGACGGUAAGUGAGCACACACCGGCCCCGCAGCCCCGACCGGCACAGCCCCAGCACCCCUCCCCAGGCGUUUAAAGGUUUCGGUGUUUGCACGAGUGAUAGAAAGAUGGCCGCUUCUUCCUCAUCCAACAUCGAAGACGAAAGUUUGAAAGGCUGUGAAAUCUAUGUUCAGAAAUAUAACAUCCAGCAGAUCCUAAAGGAAUGUAUCGUUAACCUGUGCAUCGCCAAACCCGAUCGCCCCAUGAAGUUCCUGAGGGAUCACUUUGAAAAGCUAGAGAAGGAAGAAUGCAAACAAAUUUUGGCGCAGCAGAAGUCAAACUCACAGUCCGACUCCCACGAUGAUGAAAUUUCCCCACCACCCCCUAACCCGGUGGUUAAAGCGCGAAGAAGAAGAGGGGGUGUCAGCGCGGAGGUCUACACGGAGGAGGAUGCAGUCUCGUAUGUUAGAAAGGUUAUUCCAAAGGACUACAAGACGAUGACUGCAUUGGCAAAGGCAAUCUCCAAAAAUGUUCUGUUUGCCCAUCUUGAUGACAAUGAGAGAAGUGAUAUAUUUGAUGCUAUGUUUCCUGUCAAUCACAUUGCUGGGGAGACGGUCAUACAGCAAGGUGAUGAAGGUGAUAACUUCUAUGUCAUUGAUCAAGGAGAAGCCGAUGUCUAUGUAAACGGAGAAUGGGUGACCAACAUUGGCGAAGGAGGGAGCUUUGGAGAACUUGCAUUAAUCUAUGGAACUCCUAGAGCUGCGACUGUCAAGGCCAAAACUGAUCUGAAACUGUGGGGCAUAGACAGGGACAGCUACAGAAGGAUCCUUAUGGGCAGCACCCUGAGAAAGCGGAAGAUGUAUGAAGAAUUCCUGAGCAAAGUGUCCAUUCUGGAAUCACUGGACAAGUGGGAGCGUCUGACCGUGGCAGAUGCACUGGAACCUGUUCAGUUUGAGGAUGGAGAGAAGAUUGUUGUUCAAGGAGAGCCUGGUGAUGAUUUCUUCAUUAUAACAGAGGGCACAGCUUCUGUCCUGCAACGCAGAUCUGACAAUGAGGAGUAUGUUGAAGUAGGUCGAUUGGGGCCAUCAGACUACUUUGGUGAGAUAGCCUUGUUGUUGAAUCGCCCCAGAGCAGCAACAGUUGUUGCACGAGGCCCGCUUAAGUGCGUCAAGCUGGAUCGCCCCCGUUUUGAACGAGUUCUCGGACCAUGUUCUGAGAUCCUCAAGAGGAACAUUCAAAGAUACAACAGCUUCAUCUCCCUCACUGUUUAAGAUGCUCCCUUUGGGAAUGUCAUGUAUGUGUAUCUUGUGCUCUCCAAGUUUGACACGCGCAGUUCCAUAGCUUUAUGCAAAAGAGGAAAUUGUGCAUUCAAUGUGAAUUUUGAUGAUUGUGUCUGCCGAGGCAGGCGCUAACUUUUAAUUAGCUUGUAUAAUUAUACCGAAAUAUGGCACUCAGAAUGGGGAAUGCGUUGUCAGCAGACAUUUUUUAUAUGGGUUUAUGGUUUUUAAAGUUCAGAAUUUUGGUCUCUGUUAAAGGUUUAGCGCACGAGUCAUACAUUCACACACAAAAAAUACAUCCUAAAGAUGAUUGUAAGCACUGUACAAGCCAAAACUGUGACAAAGAGUUUAAUGAAAGGUGUUUAAAGUGAAUGCAGCUACAAUGGGAUGUCAAGUUCAUUUUUCCUAUCUAAUCACGACCGGUAAACAAUUUAUACAUUUCUGAAUGACACUAAUGGGAUUGCUUAAACCAUCCGUGAUCACAGCGUAGAUCCCCUUUGACGUCUGAUUAAUUUUAAUGCAGUUCUAACAAAGCAAAACUAUCAUUCACUCUAACGUAAGUCAGCUAUCCUAUUUCUGACACCAUUAAAUUAGGCCUUGAAGUGCCACAUGACCCAUGUAUUUUUUUUUCUUUGCUGAAAGUUUGUGGAAAGGAUUUGUCAAAGUCUCGUGGCUUCUCAGGCAUGACAAUAUUUUGUGUAUUUAAGGGGAAAAAAUCCAGCUGAAAUGCAUAAUGUGUUUUCAGUCUUUGAUAAAACCUGCAUCUCGCGCCCUACAUUGCAGCGGUCACACCUUAACUCAUGAUUUCAUUUUUUAUUUUUCUUAUUUCUAAGUUACUUUUAGGGACCAUGAUUUUAUUUCUGUACUGUCUAGCAAAAGAAGAA